CUUCAUGCACCUAAGUCCCAACGAAACGUAAAUUGGUUUAUCAUAACGAAAACCUAAUCAUGGAGAGAAUGAGAGUCAUACUAAUCACUGCAUUAUUGUUCAUAAGCGUGGUGGUUGCAGAACAUUCUGGUGGUGGUAAAGCCAUCAAUCCUAUAGAAGAUGCUGCAACCGAUGAAAGCACUAAUCUUGCUAAGGACGUUGGUAUGAGCUUGGCCAUUGAUCAAAUACUUAAUGGACAAACUCAAGCGUACGAGUUUCCGCGGUUUAAGAGGUUUGUGACACAUUGCGGCUCACAUGUUGCUGAAACAUGCAGUGGAAAUAGUCCAAUGCAUCAUGGCGGUGGUGGAAUCGGUGGCCAAUUUGGGUUGUCUCAAUGUCUUUUUGAUUCCAUGCAAGCAUGCUUGGUAGACCACAAGGCCUCACUUUAUCAAACAACUUCUUCCGAUAACCCUAAACAGUCAAUUCAAUAUUUGCCAGUGCUCUUUGAGACUGUAAAGUUUCAAACCGUCUUGAGAACCUGCUCCCGUGUCACUGCACAAAUUUGUUUCACUGGUUCUAACGUUGAUGCAUCCGCUUUAUCAGCUUGUCUUCUACCAUCUUUGAAUCGCUGUGUGUAUCCUAUGCAACGACGACCACCACCGCUCUCUAAGAUUUAUUCUACUCAAAUUACGUCUGAUCAAGAGCCACCACCACCCCCCACGAUUUUUGGUGCAGAUUCUACUCGAACUACGCCUGAUCAAGAGCCACCACCGCCCCCCACGAUUUAUUCUGCUCAAAUUACGCCUGAUCAAGAGCCACCACCACCCCCAACGAUUUUUGGUGCAGAUUCUACUCGAACUACGCCUGAUCAAGAGCCACCACCGCCCCCCACGAUUUAUUCUGCUCAAAUUACGCCUGAUCAAGAGCCACCACCACCCCCAACGAUUUUUGGUGCAGAUUCUACUCGAACUACGCCUGAUCAAGAGCCACCACCGCCCCCCACGAUUUUUGGUGCAGAUUCUACUCGAACUACGCCUGAUCAAGAGCCACCACCGCCCCCCACGAUUUAUUCUGCUCAAAUUACGCCUGAUCAAGAGCCACCACCACCUCCAACGAUUUUUGGUGCAGAUUCUACUCGAACUACGCCUGAUCAAGAGCCACCACCGCCCCCCACGAUUUAUUCUGCUCAAAUUACGCCUGAUCAAGAGCCACCACCACCCCCAACGAUUUUUGGUGCAGAUUCUACUCGAACUACGCCUGAUCAAGAGCCACCACCGCCCCCCACGAUUUUUGGUGCAGAUUCUACUCGAACUACGCCUGAUCAAGAGCCACCACCGCCCCCCACGAUUUAUUCUGCUCAAAUUACGCCUGAUCAAGAGCCACCACCACCCCCAACGAUUUAUUCUGCUCAAAUUACGCCUGAUCAAGAGCCACCACCACCCCCAACGAUUUAUACUACUAAAAUUACGCCUGAUCAAGAGCGACCACCAAUACCACCGACUAUGGGCCACGUCUUCGGAUGAUACAAGGAAGUAAUUGCGUUGCAUAUUAUAAUAUAACAGAACAAUAAUUGCAAUACAUUAAUGAUUAUCCUAUAUAUGUAAUGAAUAAUCUCUUAUCUCUGCAAACAUUGUUCCUACUAUAUGGUGUAGGAUCUUAUGUACUUUCUGUUCUAAUUAGCUAUAUCAUUGCAUGUCAUGUAUAAGAAUAUCAUUCAAGAAUGCUAUGAUACAUGGUAAUAACGUUUCUACAA